AUGAGCACCACAUCGCUAGCAUCUAACAGCGCGUUUAUGGCCCGGUAUAUGGCACUGGAACAGCCCCGGGAUAAAAUCAUGGUAACAUACGUCUACAUACACCCUGGCAACGACAACCUGGCUCAUUUCAGUGGCAAAACUAAAGUCAUAGACUUUGUGCCUAAACACGCAUCGGAAGUGCCGUUAUUUGACUUCGCAUUGGUUACGGGGGACAGUCUGGUCGAGGUGUUUAUACGACCCGUACAGCUAUACGCCGACCCCUUCCGGGGCGGUGACAAUAAGCUAGUCUUAUGUGACUUAUUGUCGGCCGAUAUGACACCACUGGCCUGUAAUCACCGGUACGGCUGUAAUGAGGCCAUGGAUGCGGCCCGGGAUCAACAUCCAUGGUUUGGUGUGGAGCAGGAGUUCUAUCUCAUGGACGCCGACACUAACUGGCCGUUGGGUUGGCCUACAAAUGGUUACCCGGAGCCCCUGACGGCUCCCCAUGCUUUCUAUUACGGGGCCGUCGGUGCGGGUAAACAGUUUGGGAGGGAUGUGAUGGAGGCUCACCUCAGGGCCUGUCUGUACGCAGGGGUUAAUAUAUGGGGCGAGACAUCGGAGGGACAGCCGUCCCAAUGGGAAUAUCAAGUGGGUCCCUGUGAAGGCAUACGUCUGGGGGAUGACCUAACG